UAUAACACAGGGGGUGUUCCCGAGGCAUGGACGCCACACUCCUCUUCACCUACUCCGAAAAAGCCUAAAUCCCCAAUUCCCCUUCUCCCUUGUUCUAUCUCAGUUUUGGCCUUACAAGAUCGACGGAGUUAGUUCAUCGCUUAACUUGGUAGGAUCGAGUGACAGACUAUUUCGAUUCCAGAAAAAAGGUUUGGGCAAACAAUGGCGUCGAUGAUGAAUAUGGUGGGGGCUAGUUUCUCCUAUGUUUCAUCCUCCAUGAAGAAGCCUCACCAUCGCAGUGGAGCAAUUGGAUUUGAAACACACUCUCCUUCUUCGAUGAGGCAGAAUCAGAAACAGAGGCGUUCCGUUGUGGUCAAAGCCGAAACCAUAAACCCGGAGAUCAGGAAAACCGAAGCGAAAGUGGUCGAUUCUGUGGUCAUCGAAGAGCUCGCAAAACCCCUAACCGCCUACUGCAGGUGCUGGAGAUCGGGCACUUUUCCCCUCUGCGACGGAAGCCAUGUGAAGCACAACAAAGCUACUGGGGACAACGUCGGCCCUCUGCUCCUCAAGAAGCAGAAGUAGCCACUGUUGUGGUAAACACUAAGCUAUGCUUCCUCACCUUCUUCUCCAGAUAAUUGGAUUUUAUUCACCUCUGAAUUGAAAUGUAUCAGUCUCUAUAUGUAUAUCAAAAUUUUCUAUCUAAGGUUACGGACAGGGUUGAAUGGGUGGUCUCAUCAUCUGUGUGCUACUGCCUCUGGGCUAAACCCAAUGGUUUGAGAACUACAAAUUCACUUCUGCUUUAAAAACUAAUCUCUAGAGUCCAGAUUCACCCUUUUAUUUCAAGACUUUUUGUAUUGAACAAAAAAAAUAAUAAUCCCAAAAAUUAUGCUCUUAAAGUCUUAA